CCCAGCUAAGAAAAAUGAUUCAUGUUAAGAAUCAGAAAGCCACUAAUGGACCACACAGAAAAAACUGCACAGUAGAGAGUAGUAUGGAAUAGAAGAGAAAAAAAGUGUUUGGUUCAGUUUAUCCCAUCACUCAUUGGUCAACAAAGGUUGCUUUUUUCUAAGCUUUUUACACCAUCCUUGGAACACGGUGUUUCUAUUCUUAGUUUCUCACCUCAGCAAUGAGAACUGAGGAGGGGGAGACACUGUUAGUGUGAAAUGCAUUAGUGUUUGUGCCAUAAACAGAAAGAGAGAGAGAGAAAAAAAGAAAAUGAAGGUUGCAAGAGACAGAGAAAGGAGAGCUAGUACUAGUAAUGUAUAGACUAUAGAGUAAUAGACUAAUGUAUUAUUUAAUUAUUUUUUUGUUAUUGUGAAGCUCAUGGGAGACAAGACCGUAUCAAGGAAAUCCUAAAAAUUCGAUUUUUUUUUCUUAUCUGUUAAUAUAAAUAAAAAAGUGACAACAGAGAAAAGUAGCAUAAAAAGGGCAUAAAAUAAAAGCAGCAGUGUGUAGAGUGAGAGACAGAUUUGGACCAAACAAAACUUGGUUCCUAUGGAUCAUUGUACAGCCACCCUUUCUUUCCUGUUACAGAUAUGAAGGGGGGCAGAAGGGGAGCAGUGUGAAUUUCUUGCUGAUGGGUCUUAGUUUGAAGAUGCAGAGCCACCAUCCUGUGGCUUUGAGGUUGCAUGAUCAAAUGGGGUCUAAAAGAAAGUACACUUUUAUUCAGGCUCAUAGAGCUUGUCUUCCAAAGUUUUUGCUGCUGUGGAUCCUGCUAAUGGCUUUGAUCAGUUGGUGUAUCUAUAGCAAAAUGGAUGAUGACACUAAAGUCAGAAGGAAAGAGGUGUUGGGUAGUCUCUGUGAUCAAAGGGCAAGAAUGUUGCAAGAUCAGUUUAGUGUGAGUGUCAAUCAUGUCCAUGCCCUUGCCAUCCUUGUUUCAACCUUUCAUUACUACAGAUACCCUUCUGCCAUUGACCAGGAAACCUUUGCUGAGUAUACAGCCCGGACAGCUUUUGAACGGCCAUUACUGAGUGGUGUGGCCUAUGCACAAAGAGUUGUUAACUCUGAGAGGGAGAGAUUUGAGAAAGAACAUGGAUGGGUUAUAAAGACAAUGAAAAGGGAAUCUUCACUGGUUAGAGACGAGUAUGCGCCCGUUAUAUUUGCACAAGAAACUGUCUCAUAUCUUGAGUCUAUUGAUAUGAUGUCUGGGGAGGAGGACAGGGAAAACAUUUUUAGGGCUAGAGCCACUGGAAAAGCGGUUCUGACUAGCCCUUUCAGGCUGUUGGGUUCUCACCAUCUUGGUGUUGUUUUAACAUUCCCUGUGUACAAGUCUAAGCUCCCUCAGGAGCCAACAGUGGAAGAACGCAUUGAAGCAACUGCAGGAUAUGUUGGAGGGUCCUUUGAUGUUGAGUCCCUUGUAGAGAAUUUACUUGGGCAACUUGCUGGUAACCAAGCAAUUUUGGUGAACGUAUAUGAUAUCACAAACUACACUAAUCCCCUAAUCAUGUAUGGCAACCAAUAUGAAGAAGGCAGCGAUAUGUCUCUUGCCCAUGAAAGCAAGCUUGAUUUUGGAGAUCCAUACAGGAAACAUCAGAUGAUAUGUAGGUAUCAUCAGAAGGCACCAGCAAAUUGGAUAGCUCUUACCACAGCAUUCCUUUUCUUUGUGAUUCUUCUAUUAGUGGGUUACAUUUUAUAUGGGGCUGGAAAUCAUAUUGUCAAAGUCGAAGAUGAUUUUCAUGAAAUGCAGGAAUUAAAAGUCCGAGCAGAAGCAGCUGAUGUUGCCAAGUCCCAGUUUCUAGCUACAGUCUCUCAUGAAAUUAGAACACCCAUGAAUGGUAUUUUAGGAAUGCUUGCUCUGCUUCUAGAUACAGAAUUGAGUUCAACCCAACGAGAUUAUGCUCAGACUGCUCAAGCAUGUGGAAAGGCACUAAUAACAUUAAUAAAUGAGGUGCUGGACCGAGCUAAAAUUGAAGCUGGCAAGUUAGAGCUGGAGGCUGUUCCAUUUGAUCUUCGUUCCAUACUUGAUGAUGUCCUUUCUCUUUUUUCUGAGAAAUCUAGGCACAAAGGUUUAGAGCUGGCCGUGUUCGUUUGUGAUAAAGUUCCAGAUAUUGUCAUGGGAGAUCCGGGGAGAUUCAGACAAAUAAUAACAAAUCUUGUUGGCAACUCUGUUAAAUUUACUGAACAAGGACAUAUAUUUGUUAAAGUCCAUCUGGCGGAAAAUAGAAAGUCCAUAAUGAAUGGAAAACAUGAGACUUUUAUAAAUGGAGAAUCAGAUGAAGUAUUCCAUAUAUGUGGUGAUUAUCAUUUCAAAACCUUAAGUGGAUGUGAAGCAGCUGAUGAACGGAACUGCUGGGAUAAUUUUAAGCAUCUAAUUGCUGUUGAAGAAUUUUGCUUCGAUUCAUCAGGAGAAACAGCAGAUGGUUGUGAAUCAUCCGAGCAAGUCACGUUAAGGGUAUGUGUGGAGGACACUGGAAUUGGAAUUCCUUUCUCAGCACAGGACACGAUAUUCAUGCCUUUUGUGCAGGCUGACAGCUCAACUUCACGAAAUUAUGGGGGUACUGGUAUCGGCUUGAGUAUCAGUAAAUGCCUAGUUGAACUAAUGGGGGGUCAAAUAAAUUUCAUAAGUCGACCCCAGGUAGGGAGCACUUUUUCCUUCACUGCAGUUUGUGGAACAUUUAAGAAAAGUACAGUUAGUGACUUGAAGAAUAAUUUGGAAGAUCUUCCUUCAAGUUUUAGAGGGCUGAAAGCCAUUGUGGUUGAUGGAAAACCUGUUAGAGCUGCUGUGACUAGAUACCAUUUGAAGAGACUGGGGAUACUAGUUAAAGUUGCAAAUAGCAUCAGCAAGGCUGUUGCUUUAUGUGGUAAAAGUGGUUCUUUGACAUCAGGAAUGUUCCAGCCUGAUAUUAUCAUGAUUGAGAAGGACGCAUGGAUUUCUAGAGAGGAUGGGAUUUUCGAUAUGUGGAAACCAGACUGGAAAAAGAAUGAUCAUAUGUUUGAGAUGCCUAAAAUGAUCCUUCUGGCAACCAAUAUUAGUAAUACUGAAUUUGAUAAAGCUAAGGCCGCCGGUUUCACUGAUACGGUGAUCAUGAAGCCUCUGAGAGCUAGUAUGGUGGCUGCUUGUCUUCAGCAAAUUUUGGGGAUGGGGAAGAAGAGGAAGCUAGGAAAAGACAUGCCUAAUGGUUCUUCCUUUCUACAUAGCCUUCUAUAUGGAAAGAAAAUCUUGGUGGUUGAUGACAAUGGGGUAAACCGAAGGGUUGCAGCAGGGGCACUUAAAAAGUUUGGAGCUGAUGUGAAAUGUGCUGAAAGUGGCAAAGCUGCACUUGAAAUGCUUCAAUUACCUCACAAUUUUGAUGCUUGCUUCAUGGACAUUCAAAUGCCAGAAAUGGACGGAUUUGAAGCAACCAGCCGAAUUCGAAUGAUGGAGAGCAAGGCAAAUGAGGAGAUGAAUAAUGGGAGUGAGUGGCAUGUGCCUAUAUUGGCCAUGACAGCUGAUGUGAUCCAUGCUACAUACGAUGAAUGCGUGAAAUGUGGCAUGGAUGGAUAUGUCUCAAAGCCAUUCGAGGAAGAAAAUCUGUAUCAGGAAGUUGCAAAGUUUUUCAAAUCCAAGUCCAUCUCAGACUCUUAA